AUAUAUAUAUAUAUAUAUACAAACACACGCAUACAUACGAGUACACACGCGUGUAUAUAUAUAUUUUACAUACACGUACGUAUUCACACACGAAUGAUAUUUCGCAUCGCGUUCGCGCGUACUCUUCUUAUUCUCAAUCUCAAUAAAAUACGCACACGUGCGCAAACUCGCCCGCGCGCGCACUACCAACUAACAAGAGUUACACAUACAGAUAAAUAUUUAGCUCGUAAAUCAUAGAAAGUAAAGACGAGAGCGUAAUAAAUAUAUAUCUAAUUGUGGAUUGUUCUAACUAGUAUUAUUAUUAUUAUUAUUAUUACCAUUAUUUCUAUAAGAACAAGAAAAUCUUUGAGGGAAAUAAAAGAUGGAUCGAACGUCAAAGUUACUUUUACGAAAGGUCAUCAUCGAUUUUGUCUGCUUAUUUAUCGUUGGCCUAGCGGUUUUAAUGUUCUUCUUCUUUGGUAAGCCAUACAAACGUGGGUUUUUCUGCAACGAUGAAUCAUUGAUGCAUCCAUAUCAUUCGUCUACGGUUACGAGUGCCAUGCUUUACGUCACUGGUCUCCUUCUUCCUAUAUGUACGAUGAUUGCAGGUGAGUACUUAUAUAGAAGAAAAUAUUCUACCGAAUCAUCGAAGGUACUUUUUGGAUACACCAUUCCACCUUGGCUUUGGAUGGCUUACAUUAAGGUCGGGACUUUCGGAUUUGGUGCAGUUACGACAGUUUUGGUAACGGACAUUGCUAAAUACACGAUUGGUCGUUUGAGACCACAUUUUCUAACGCUCUGCGUACCAGACGUUAAUUGUUCUUUACCUGAAAAUCAAUACAGAUAUAUCGAAAAUUUUUCUUGCACCGCACAAGGAAUUUCAUCGAAAUUACUUAAAGAGAUGAGAUUAUCCUUUCCAUCAGGACACUCUUCUUUUUCAGCUUACACGAUGAUCUACCUUGCCAUUUAUUUACAACUUAGAAUUACAUGGAAAGGUAGCAAAUUACUGAAACAUUUACUCCAACUGAUAUGCCUUUCAAUGGCGUGGUUUACAGCAAUGUCCAGAGUUUCCAAUUAUAAGCAUCAUUGGAGUGAUGUUUUAGCCGGCUCGUCUAUCGGCACUAUUGUUGCUCUCGUUGUGAUAUUCUGCAUAUCGGAUCUUUUCGAGGAAAAACAAAGUAGCUGUCGAAUGGAAAAACAACAACCAACGGGGGACUACGAAGCAACGGAAGCUGGUACGCAGGUGAAUAAUGGCAAUGCUAAUCACAAUCGUUGACCUAACGAGAUCGUUUGUCGCUGAUCGCAACAAGGCCAUGACUGUCUUCUAGUUGUCUCCGGGAAGCUAGUGUGCUCUCGGGAAAAUGAAACGUCGAAUUUGCUAGUAUCGGCCUUGAUGAUGCAACCAUCAUCCUUUGGGACCUUUUAGUUCAACUGCCUUACAACCGGGAUUACACAUUUGACGCAGUUAUUAUCUCAUCUGGAAGGCCUUUUCUCUAACUCAGACUUUCUCUCUCCAUCUCUCUUCUUCUUCUUCUUCUUCUUCUUCUUGUCUGUCUUUCUUCUUCCUCGCUGAAUGCAACACAUGCCAAUCGGAUAAGAUAAAAAGCUGCUAAAGGUCUCCUCUUGCGAAGAUUCAUCCAUCAUUCAAUCCAUCCUCAGUUUUCUCUCCGUACAAUUACUCCAGUUUAACUUCGCAUCAUAAACAAUAAGAUCGGUAGGAGAGAAUUUUAUUUGAAAUUACAAUUAUUCUUUGAUGAAAAAACUUUUGUUAUCUUGUAUUGUUUACGCUUUAGAUCAUCAAAGGUUUUUUUUUGUUGAACGAUCUCGUGUAUAAUCUGUGCAACGUUCGUAUCGUCUUUGUUUCUGUUCGUAAAUUAGCGUUCGUUACGAUCGUUUGAAUAAAUUUGUUCCUUUAUAUAUAUAUAUAUAUAAUACAUAUAUAUAUAUACACACAUUUAUAUAUAUUGUAAACGUCGAUAAAACGUAGAAAUAUUUUCUAUGUAACAUGUUGCACGUUAAUUAUUGAAUCUUGUAUCAAUUUAAAUAUUCGUACUCGUUUAGUUAUAAUCUUUCGUACACAAUUGUGAUGUUCUAUAUUGUUUUCAUUUUGUUUCUUUCUUUUUGUUGUUUUUUUUUUUUAUUAUUUAUGUUAUUCACGUAAAAGCUUUCUAGCUUCUUCGGCAAAAAAA